UGCGCAGACAACAACCUGGUUCUUCUCCUGCGUCGUGGUACAACAAGCCCCACUAGCAACCAGUGGACUGUAGUCUGUAAGUCUGUAAGACGCUCCCCAGGACUUGGAGAAAGACCCAGAGUUCCUAGCUGUGCUAGACUGACCCGGUGGACCCACAGCCAACGUGCCACAUGGGAGAGCAGCACGGCGGAGCCAUGGAGGUUUCCUAGUGCCAGAGAGCAGCGCGGCCUAAACGCUUUAGAGGUCUGCCACCAGCAGGACAACACGAGUGAAGUUACUGCCAUGGCAGAGUGCCAGCCCUGUGUGUGAUGGCAGAGAGCCCAGCAGUGCCCAGCGAUGUCAUGUACAAUGCUGGUUGGAUGCUCUCUGCUGGGUAAUGCCCCUCCCUUCUUACAUCCCGCUCUCCAUCCUCUCUCUGUGUGUGGUCAUGGCUGACCCAUCGCCUGGCUGGUGGAAGCUCACCUUCCUACGUAAGAAGAAGUCGGAGCCCAAGGUACUGUACGAGAUCCCAGCGGAGUACGGCAGCAAUACCACACCCCACGGCGGAGCCCCCGGGCCAGUAGAGGGCGCCACAGAGGACAGCCAGUUGAACGCACGUCUGGAGAGGAUAGUGGACAAGACCACUACCAAGGGACGCCAUGUCAAAGUGUCCCACUCAGGACGUUUUAAAGAGAAGAAGAAGGUCAGGGCCACGUUAGCAGAAACCCCCGAUCUGUUCCCUGGUCACGAGCCUAGCAACGAGAACCUCUGAGCUGGGAAACAAAGUUCACACACACACACACAUGCAUACACACCAACAAUGAAUGGCUUUCUCUAUUAAACCAAUUCAUGCAUACUCAAACACAGAAGACGUUCUCUGCCUCUCCCUCAUUGGUCACACCAUUUCAUACGGUGCCCUCUAUCACACUCAGUAACACUCAUAGAGAUGGAGGGCAGUGCAUCCCAUUGGGACAUGUCGUCUGUGUCAAUCCAGCCAGAGAUCUUUGUUCUUUAUUCCCUAUAAAUGUGGGACUGACUGGGAGUCUUUGUAUGCAUCUUGGUGUCACACUCUCUCUGUAUCUUCCAUCUAUAAUCAGUGGAAGAAUGGGACACCUGAUUCUCCCCUGUCUGUCUGCUUCAUACCUAGGCCAUGUUUACAUGAACAGACAACCUUUAAUGAGGUGCUAUUAGUCAUCUUCGGUUUUAAAUAUUCAACAGAUCACAGGAACAGAGAGGAGUUUCAGGGCAUGCAUAUUACAUUGUACAGCCAUUGUGCGGUACAGAAUGUGUACUUUACUGGUGUUGUUAAGUUUGUCAUCUGUACAAAGCAAAUAGGUAACGUAUGAAACAGACGUUUGCAUAACAGCUUUAUGACCUAGAGGACAUGGUUACUGACUGUUGGAGGUUGCCUGGUUUCCAUAGCGGCAGACUGUGUCAUAUGUCAUUCACAAACAUGUAACUUCAAAAAUCAAUUGUUCUAAAAUCAAUUGUUCUAAAACUAACCUGAGUUUUAAAACCUGAGUAUAUAUAUAUGUAUAUAUAUACUUGUUUUAAUUUUUUAUUAAAAAAAAUACCAAUAGACUUCUCUAUCCCUUUAAAAUGUCAUCUCAAACUAGACAAACAUUUAAGUUUUUCUUUGAAUUGCACUUUCUAAAAGUCAAGGACUGCUUCAUAGAUAGACUGCAAGGUUUCAACACACGUUCUAUGCAUUUCUCCAGUGUUUCUUUAGUAUUUGCAAGAUAUUGGCAGACACUGAAGCCAACACAAAAGCAGAAAUGAAAGAGGAAGCGAGACACCCCAAUUACUGUUUUUUUCUGGUUCAAUGAAAGUCAAUGAAGUACUGUAAGUAGACCAGACCUAGCUGCUAUUGCAUUGGUGGCUAUGGGAGACACACCCAGUUAAGUAGACCGGAACUGACUAUUUAUUUUUGAUGGUAGAAGGCCUGAGUGAACUCUCUUCAUUUGUCCACCAUCUUUGCUAAAACUACACAUGAGAUCCCUCCUCUACAAAGACUGAAAAAGUAUCUUUCAUUUCAUUUUCACCUUCUACACUUAAUGACAAAAAUCCCUUUCAUUGAAAGGGUGCUGUACAUUUGGAAUACUUUUGUAAAAUGAAUGCAGACUUGUUUUAUAAAUAAAAUAUACAUAUGAUUUUA